ACAAGGAAAUAAAUAAAAUAAAAUAACAGUACUUAAAAGACUAUACACUCUAUGAGGUGGGGGAUAUAUACACGGGCAAGGAUGAUUAUGAAAAAAAAAAAAAAAAAAAAAAUUUAUAUGCAUUUCACUGUACAUGUGCACAUUGAUCCAAAACCACAUUCAGUGUGAGGCGUUCAGAGCAGCGACGGCUCUCGGAUAAAAGCUGUUUUUUAGUCGAUUAGUUCUGGCCUUUAUUGCCCUGAAACGCCUCCCAGAGGGUAAUAGUUGGAACAGGUGGUGGCCAGGGUGUGAGGAGUCUCUGGUGAUGCUGUGAGCCCUCCUGAGGCAGCGGGUCUUAUAGACUGACUCCAGGGAUGGAAGAGGGCAGCCAAUCAGUCUCUGGGCGGUGUUGAUGACCCUCUGGAGCUGGUUCCGCUCUGCUGCGGUGCAGCUGGAGAACCACAGCGAGAUGCUGUAGCUCAGCACCGACUCCACUGAGCAGCGGUAGAAGACCAACAAGAGCUCAGUUUUAAUGUUGUUCUUCCUGAGAACCCUCAGGAAGUAGAGUCUCUGUUGGGCCUUCUUCAGGAUCGCUGUGGUGUUGACAGUCCAGGCGUCGAUCUGGGCGUGCGCAGUAGCAACCGUCACAAUCGAUGCACCCGUCACGAUCGGGUAAUGACAAUGCUCAUGUGAUGGGAAUCCUGAGAUGUCGGAGCGCGCGCAUGCGCAUUAAUGAAAGGUAUGCUCAUGUGAUGGGAAUCCUGAGAUGUCGGAACACUGUUAAGAUGGAACGUAUUUUUCCUUUUCUGUGGCUUGUUUUUCCUCGACUUUAAUCACUUAACUAACCCGAAGCCUCGACGACGUGUCCAGCAAUAGCCACUUUACGGACUCAAACAUCAGUUUUCGAGUCAGACCACUCGUUGACGUUUUGCGAUCUACUUUAGCCUAGCCUAGCCUAGCCUAGCCUAGCCUAGCUGACCAACAUCUAACAAAGCUGCAAGGCACGUUGUCAAUCGUUCAGAAAUCAAGUCAGGAAAAUGUCCACGAGAACGACACCGGCUGCAGUAAAGUUCCAGGAGGAAGUUGGUUGUUCUUCACAAAGGUUCUUCUCAAAGGUUGUUCUUCACAGACAAGAAGAUCUAUAUGUCAGCCAUGCCCAUCAUCUUGAGCACCAGGAGUCUGCAUGCGUCAAGGAGGAGGAGGAAGAGUCGCCAUGCAUCAAGGCGGAAGAGUCCGUUCACAUUAAAGGUUUCAGAAAAUAUCUUGAUGCUGAGCCAGAAUCUCCUGGCAUUAAAGAGGAUGUGGAGCUCCUCCAAAUCAAAGAGGAGGAGGAGCCUGAGCCCUGUCAACAGAUGGAGAGAGAAGAGCACCUUCCAAUCAAAAAGGAGGAGGAGGAGCUGCCAUUUGGUAAAGAGGAGGUAGACGAGGUGCAUAUCACCAGGUUGACUGGUGAGCCCUUGAAGAGUGAAGAUGGUCCGAGUGAGGCCAGCAGAGGGGCGGAGCCUCCAAGCGAGGGAAGUAGCAGCAGUUCAACAGAAGGAUUGCAAGCAGACAUCGACAUUGCUCCAUCAGACAGAGAUGGCGCCAAGUCUCACUUACCUUACAAUGAUGAUGACCAUAAGACAUCUCACGGUGACGACAAACUCUGCAAAUGCUCUCAGUGUGGGAAAACCUUUGCUACUAAGCAAAGUUGUCGUAGGCAUUUGAGGAUCCGCACUGGUGAAAAACCUUAUGUCUACUCAGUUUGUGGUCAAAGAUUCGCUCAAAAGCAAAACUUACAAAGUCACGGAAGAACCCACACUGGCGAAAAACCUUUUUCCUGCUCAGUUUGUGGAAAAGGAUUCUCUUCAAAGAGAGAACUAAUAAUUCACGAAAGAACCCACACUAGUGAAAAACCUUUUUCCUGCUCAGUUUGUGAUCAAAGAUUCAGCUGCAAGAAAACCUUAAAACGACACACAGGAAGCCACACUGGCGAGAAACCUUUUUCUUGCUCAGUUUGUGGUCAAAGAUGCAGGUGCAUGAGUUCAUUAAAAAUACACACAAGAAUCCACACUGGCGAAAAACCGUUUUCCUGCUCAGUUUGUGAUCAAAGAUUCAGCCUCAAGACCUCCUUAAAAGUACACACAAGAAUCCACACUGGCGAAAAACCUUUUUCCUGCUCUGCUUGUGAUCAAAGAUUUGCUCAUAAGGGAAGUCUAACACAACACAUAAAAAUCCACUCUGGAGAAAAACCUUUUCCCUGCUCAGUUUGUGAUCAAAGAUUCAGCCGCAAGAGCACCUUAAAAUUACACACAAGCGUCCACACUGGCGAAAAACCUUUUUCCUGCUCAGUUUGUGGAAAAGGAUUCUCUACAAAGAGAGAACUAAUAAUUCACACAAGAAUCCACACUGGCGAAAAACCUUUUUCCUGCUCAGUUUGUAAUCAAAGAUUCAGCCACAAGACCACCUUAGAACAACACACAAGAACCCACACUGGCGAAAAACCUUUUUCCUGCUCAGUUUGUGAUCAAAGAUUUGCUGUAAAGGGAAAUCUAGAAAAACACAUAAGAAUCCACUCUGGAGAAAAACCUUUUCCCUGCUUGAUUUGUGGUCAAAGAUUCGCUUGGAAGCAACACGUAAAACGACACACAAGAAGCCACACUGGCGAGAAACCUUUUCCCUGCUUGAUUUGUGGUCAAAGAUUCGCUCGGAAGCAACACGUAAAACAACACACAAGAAGCCACUCUGGAGAAAAACCUUUUCCCUGCUCAGUUUGUGGUCAAAGAUUCGCUCAGAAGCAACACGUACAACGACACACAAAAACACACACUGGAGAAAAACCUUUUUCCUGCUCCAUUUGUGGUCAAGGAUUCGCACAUAAAACAACCUUUCAAACUCACGAAAGAAUCCACACUGGUGAAAAACCCUUUUCCUGCUCUGUUUGUGGUCAAAGAUUCGCGCGGAAGGAUUGGAUAAAGAGACACGUGUGUGUUGGUGUGGGAAGCAGUCGCUAAUGACUGUUUUGCCUGUCAUCCGUGCUGGCCUCAUGAGAUUUUGCACGCUGGACGAUUGUAUUCUGUUGAGCUUUCUUUAAUCCUGUUGAAGAUUGGCCCUUUUGGUACCUUCCAAUCGUAGUAUGAUGUGCAUCCACCCUAUAGACCCUACUCACCUACGUCACAAAAUGGGCGUGUCGCUGUUUCCGGCCGCCAUAUUGUACCUCUUUUUCAGACCUAUUCUCAUUGUUUUCAAUUAGUCGAGCAAGUUAUAGAGCAAUUCAUGGAAGCCCCGGUGUUAUCUGACGCUGUAAACUCAUUGGAUCCGUUGCAUAAAAGGCGUUACGUGGAAAAGCUUCAGUUUAGCCAUUCGCCAGAUCCGUAUUUGAUGCGUAAAUCGAUGUUUUUCGACCCGCUGGCUUCGCCUGACAUCUGAUAUCCUGAUAUUUACAACUAUCUUGUCCACACAAAAUCAGCCUAUUCUCACGAAAGUUUGAAAAACUUUAAGAGCUUGGAGGCUUAUAAAUGCUACGUUGCUGGUUGGGUGAAACAGGUCCUCGUACACGAAAAUUCGGCAGGAAUCUUGUGCUCGGAAGGUGAGUUACGAAAUUUUCAAUUCAAAAUCUUUUGUUCUUGCUAACAUCCACUGUCAAGUCUAAUGUAUUUCAUGUCAUUUGUCGAUGGAGCUAGGGCUUUUAAUGUUUAUAUGGUUUAGCGAUAGCACUCACUACAUACAUACGUGUAUGUUGUCGGCGAUUAGCCUAGCAAUGAUCUUAAUUGUGGUUGUCAGCCCAAAACCCUUUAAAUAUAUAUUAAAUGCAUCUUACCAGAUAUAAAAUGACUACUACAUAAUCUGUGGUAGUCGUUUGGAGCCCAGUUUUCGCAUCGAAUUGCAGCAGCCCAUCUCGCUCUUCUCUCCGGGUCCCUCGGAAUCCGGUAAAACUUCAAGUCUCUCCGUCUAUCUUCUCUGUUAUUGCAACCGACCGCCACACACGACUUCACCAUUUUGAGUAUUAAUGUUGACGAGCAGUAAAACGUGCAAUAAUAGGAGGAAUUUACGAAGCGCUAAUGCAUUUAUAUGACGAGUAUCCGGACAACAUGGCGCGGGGGCGUGGCUGUGACGUCACGUGAGUAGGGUCUAUUGCCAAAACCUCACCUGAUUGAAUCCUCUCAAGUUAAGUCGCAUGUUUUAUAUAAUACUCUCCCUUUUAAACUGUACUUUUCACAUUUAUUAUUUGAAACGACAGACUAGAGCAGGGCGGUAAACCGAAAAUUUACUGUCACCGAAAUUCUUCACGAUGACCAACGUAAUUUUGACCAUGUCGGUAAAUUCGGUAAUCUAAUAAAACAAGAAAAUAUAGUCUUUUUAUCCCGCUUUGACGCUGUGUUGUUCGGCUAUGUUCAUUCCCCUUUAAGAAAGCAGACAGUGUGCUUACGUAUGGAGUCACGUGGUUUUCAGGAAGCCAAUCAAACAGAAGCCCGGUAGGCUAAUGCUAACGGCUAACGCUAAAAGUAAACGGGAUGGAGUCGGGCUUAAGUUAGUUUAUUUACCUUUGCCAAACUUUCACCCGGCAUUAAGUAAACUCUUGGCGGGUUCCAGACAGGCUUUCACCCGCUGUCUUCCCUUAUUCUCACGAUAUUAGGAGAGGAUGCUUUCAGUCCGUUCUUCUGGUAGCCAAGCCACAGGCUAACGCUAGCAGCUAACAACGGCUACAAAUGAACGUGAAAGAGUCGGACAGCGGCUCUAACCUUGUCGAAACGGCUGAAAUUAAUGAGUGGACUGGGAACGGACUUCAUGUAGAAAUCAUCAUGUCGCGUUAUUUGGCAUCUCUAUGUGAUUUUUCUGGAAGCUUUCAUGAUGGUAAAGCACUCAGCAUAAAGUAGCCUAAUCCAACAAUGAAGCCUAUAUAUAAUAUGACAGUUUAAUGGCCACAGCUAUUUUUCUGUAUGUGUUUGCUUUAUUCUGCCAUCAUAAAACCUUAAAUGUUUCAUUGGCAUCAGAGCAAUACAGCUUUAAUCUGGUUGUGUCUGUGU